AUGUACCAAACUAAAAACACAGAACAAAAAGAAUGUACAUUGAAACAGCUAAGAGAAAAAGUUGAAGAAAUGCAAGUCUUAUAUAUGGAACACGAUAAUCAAUUACGUGAACAAAUGGGAUCAGUGUUGAUGAAUUUAGAAAUAGAACAAACUGCUAGGAAAGAUGCAUCUCUAGAGAUUGAAAAGUCUAAUGUUCAGCUGGAUGUCAGUAAGAAAUCUUACUAUGAGGUAAGUUGUAGUGGUUUAAUUGAUUUGACCUUUAUGGAGAAAUGGUUUGUACAUUAUUUCAUUAUUUUUAAGAAGAAUGAUAGAAUACUUUAG